UGUUUAAUGUUGCAUUUGCAUUUAUGUGUUUUCUGUACAUGUUCGUAGCUAAUUUAGUCGGACAACAAAUUAUUGAUUAUAAUAAUCAUGUAUUUAUCACUGCAUACAAAGUUCGGUGGUACAUAACGCCUGUAUAUGUACAAAAAUUAAUACUGUUUCUAUUAUUAAGAGGCAAUAAGAGUUUUGGUUUAAGUGUCGGUGGAUUGUUCAUAGCAUCCAUAGAAUGCUUUGCUACGCUAACCAAUGCAUCCAUAUCUUAUUUUACUAUCAUGUAUUCAACGCGAUCAUAA